AUGAGUGGCCCGCUAAGCGAGAACUGUGUGGGCACAUCCCGAAAUUCGACAGCGCAGACUUGGACAAUCCGACUCUUUCGACAACAACCCUCCCGACUUAUCUCCAACCCCCGGUUGUCGACCAAUUUCGCCAUGGCCGAUAUCGAUGUCAAGCUCGCUUCGUGGAAGCUGGUCGAGGUUGGCCGCCUCGUCCUGAUCCGCCGCGGCCCCUUCGCUGGCAAGCUCGCCGCCAUUGUUGAGAUUGUCGACCACCGCCGUGUCCUGGUCGACGGUCCCUCUGGUGAGGAGCAGAAGACCGUGCCCCGUCACGUUCUUCCCCUCGCCCACGCCACCCUCACUCCCUUCACCAUCCCCGCUCUUCCCCGUGCUGCCGGUACCGGCCCCGUCAAGAAGCUCUGGGCCAAGAACGAGAUUGAUGGCAAGUGGGCCAAGUCCAGCUUCGCCCAGAAGACUGAGAAGGCCGACCGCCGCAAGAACCUGAGCGACUUCGAGCGCUUCAAGGUCCUGCGUCUGCGCAAGCAGGCCCGCUACGAGGUCCAGAAGUCUUUCGCCAAGGUCCGCGCUACCGCUGCUAAGUCAUAA